GUUGGAGGGGUUAAUUGAUUUUUUGGAAAAGAAAUAAAAAUUUCGGGUUUGAGGUAAAUUCAUGAUAUUUGUCAAAUAUUGGGGUCACUUCUAAACGACCCCGGUUACUGAAGAACUCAUUAAUCCAUAGUCGAUCGGCGAAAACGCCAUCCUUCAACAUAGUGUAGCAAUUUCAUCGCUUCUGGGUUUACAGAUACAUCAAAUCAUGUGGCAAAGCGGCGUCGUGCGACGACUGCUGUCUCACUGCCAAUCUCAGAAACAAAAUUCAUCGACUAAAUUAGGGGUUCUAGUCAACAGAAAACCCGGCGUUCCUUCUCGCGCCUCCUCCUCAUCCGCUGCAGCCACAUCCACAUCCACUGCUACAGACACAGCUACAGCGGCAGAUCUCUCGUCACUGGUUCGCCACUACGGUCGUUGCUAUUCGGAACUCGCUAAAGCACGCCUCAGCCUGUUAGUCGUUGCAACAUCUGGAACUGGAUUUGUACUAGGAAGCGGAUCCGCUAUUGACAUAGCUGGACUUUGUUGGACUUGUACUGGAACUAUGAUGGUUUCUGCUUCAGCAAAUUCUUUAAACCAGGUAUUUGAGAUAAAGAAUGAUGCUUUAAUGAAGCGAACAAUGAGAAGACCACUACCUUCAGGCCGCAUUUCGGUACCUCAUGCUGUAGCCUGGGCUUCAUUUGUAGGUGUAGGUGGCACUGCUUUAUUGGCUUGCAAGGCUAAUAUGUUGACAGCUGGGCUUGCAGCCUCUAAUCUUUUUCUUUAUGCAUUUGUAUACACACCAUUGAAGCAGAUUCACCCAAUAAAUACAUGGGUUGGGGCUGUUGUUGGUGCUAUUCCUCCCCUUCUUGGGUGGACUGCUGCUGCCGGCGAGGUUACCCUCAAUGGAAUGCUUCUCCCUGCAGCUCUCUAUUUUUGGCAAAUACCCCACUUCAUGGCUCUUGCAUUCAUGUGCCGCAAUGAUUAUGCUGCUGGAGGGUAUAGGAUGCUAUCGUUUGCUGAUCCUUCUGGUUACAAAACUGCUUCAGUGGCAUUGAGAAAUUGCUUGUAUCUGAUUCCAUUGGGAUACUUGGCCUAUGAUUGGGGAGUGACUUCUGGAUGGUUUUGUCUUGAAUCAUCACUCAUCACUUUGGCUAUAAGUGCUGCAGCAUUAUCAUUCUACCAAGACCGGACUACUCAAAAAGCCAGAAGGAUGUUCCAUGCCAGCCUCCUGUAUCUUCCUGUGUUUAUGUCUGGACUCCUCUUUCACCGACUCACUGAUAAUGAACAAAGCCUUACAGAAGAAAGUUCAGAGAAAAUAUCUGAGCUUUCAUCAUCCACAGAAACUUUAGUAGAAGUGAGCAGAAAUUCUAGCAGGAAGAACAAGUUAAAUGAUACCUCUGUUGAUAGAAAAGCACGGCCACCUGUAGCAUAUGCCUCUGUUGCACCGUUUCCUUUCCUGCCUGCUCCUUCCUAUGCCCCCUGAUAAGUGUAUCGAGUUCUCAAAUUUCUUUUGGUUAACAUAAUAAACGUCCAAAGGGAACUGUGUAAGAUUUCUGGAUUUUCCAGAAGACUUUUGGACAAUUUUCUCCUGUUUCCCUCUCCUUCUUGGGGUGGAAUAAGUUUUACUUUGUUUUAAAGGUUGAUAAUCCGCAAUAGGUUGAUUAUUUUUAUACACAGCUGAGGAGAAGAGAAUGAUGUGUACUCAUGUUGAUCAUUUCGUAAGUUUUAGUUUCAAAUGCAAGUACAUCUGUUUUUGGGUUC